AUGUUUCACCUAUCUUCGCUGAUUUGCUGUGGGUGUAAACCCAAUUUUCUGGGUUUUGAAAGACAUCAUCCAUUUUAUGAUAAUGAUAAAAAACGUAUAUGUUCAAGCGAAUGUGGUCAUUCUCUGUGCAAAAAAUGCUUUGAAACCUACAAAAACUGCCCGAUUUGUGCGAAACCGCUUGUUCGGAUAGACAACUUUAUGGCUCGUGAAAUCUACGCGUUUUUAAAGAAAACCCCGAUGAUUGUGUUUGACAUGUGGUGGAAUCGUUCUCAAAACCCAAGUUCUACUGGAAGGUGUUCGACGUGUCACAAAUAUGACCGGAUACUUCGUUGGUGUAUAACAUGUGAGAAAGACUUGAAAAACAGUGAAGCAGAGUGGCGUAGACCGAAAAUAGAACCAAACACUGAUCUUCAAAAAGAGCUGAUCAAAGUUUCAAAAGAAAGAUUUCGGUUUGGAAUUCUAGCGAAUCGAGUGAUAUGCAGCGACUGUUUUUUGGAACACCACGCUGGUCAUAGAGUUAUAUUUCUGGAUGAAAUGAUCUCUGCACUGACUGAAUACAGUAUUUCUGAUAGUGCAACACACUUAGUUCAACGAUUUUUAUGGAGAGAAAUUGAGGAGAGAAGGGGAAAAUGUUUGCUGCGAACGAUGAGAAUGAAGCGAGCGUUUCUGAAGCUAUUUUACCUUGCGUGUGACUCAGACUUGACGGAUGAUUAUAACGAUCUGCCGAAAUUUUUCGAGAGACUAGAUGAUUGGAAAGUACCAGACGGCUACAUGGAGAAGGUUCGAAAAAACUUGGAACACCAAUUUGCUUCUGCAAAUGUACCAUGGAAAGAUUGCGAGUGCAGAUAUGCAAUGCGUAUUAUGAACGACAUGUUUUCGUUUAAAAAUCAAAUUGAAAAACUAUUUGUGAGCAUUGUGAAUGAUUUGGAUCUUCAUGAAAUCACUGAAUGCCCUUUCAAGAACAGUCAAAUAACAGACAUGCUGCAAAAGACGAAAAAGAUGGUCGACAUACAACUGUACAAACUCUACACCCUUUUCUGUUGGAACAACUAUAAGGACGGCGUUUUCGAGCUGUUCAACAAUUCGAAUCGUUUGCCAACAAAAUGCUGCUUAUGUAAAAUGUCCACAUGUGCCGAGUGUUGGGACGAAGAACCGCAUAAGUGUGGCAUCUGUGACGAUGCUACUACAAGCUCGCGAACCGAUCCCGAUAUUGUUGUUUUGGAACUAGUGAAACAUUAUAAAGAAAACUGUAUUUCACUUCUUGAAGCGUGGUGGGAGUGUGAUGCCGCUCAACUUGGCUUCUGCCUGAACUGUGCCUCGUAUACAGAAGAUCUUGAGAUUUGCGUCUACUGCGAACUAGAUGUUGAGCGAAGCGCUUUGAAAACCGAAGUAGAAACAUCAGCGGAAUUCACAAAAGAUAUGCAACUUCGGUUCACGUACAAGGGGCUCAGCGGGUUCCCAAUGCGUUGGCAGUGCUCGGAUUGUACAACUCGACAUCGGAAGCCUACAGCAGACGUUUGGAACAAAGGAUGCAAUCAUUUCCGUUACAGAAGCAUGUAUGCAAGCGUUUCAAGUGAGUGCUUUGCACAUAAUCAUAAAUCGCCUUGUCUCCGACUAAAAGAAAUCAAAAAUUACGAUCUUGCGAUGAAAGCAGCCACUUUUGGAUUAGUCUUCAAGAUUAUCAAGGAGGGAAUUAAGGAACACGUUGGCAGUGAACACGCUAGAAAAGAAAUACUUGAAACGUAAAAUUGUACGCCAACAUUGAAUACUUCUUGCAAAACUCUAUAGAGGAACGGAAGCUUGCCGACAUGAACGAUCAGAAGCUUAAAAUUGCACGGUUGAUCGAGAAAAUCAAAGUUCAAUGCGCUAAAUCAUUCGAACCCGUCGUGGAUGUCUAUAAAGUUUCAGAACCAGUCAACGAUAUCUCGAGGCUUUCUGAUGUGCUUUCAGACAUCUCUUUUUAG